GCGCGGAGGCCGGGGCGCGCGGGCGUGCCGAGGUGAGGCCGGGGGAGGCGGGCGGUGCCGCCAUGGAGCACAUCACCACCCCGAAGGUUGAAAAUGUGAAAUUACUAGAUCGUUAUACAAGUAGGAAGGCAGCAAAUGGGACAUUAUACCUGACAGCUACUCAUCUUAUCUAUGUAGAUGCUUCUGCUGAAGUCAGAAAAGAAACAUGGAUUUUGCAUCAUCAUAUUGCAACUGUAGAAAAAUUGCCUCUGACCACAGCUGGAUAUCCACUCCUUAUUCACUGCAAGAACUUCCACGUGGCUCACUUUGUUAUUGGGCAGGAACGCGACUGUCAUGAAGUGUAUACCUCAUUACUUAAACUUUCACAACCAGUGAAACCUGAAGAACUUUAUGCUUUCUCUUAUAAUCCCAAAAUGUCUAAAGAGAACCGGGAAAUUGGAUGGAAGCUGAUUGAUUUAAAAGUAGAUUACCAACGUAUGGGAAUUCCAAAUGACUACUGGGAAAUAACGGAUGUUAAUAAAGACUAUGAGGUUUGCAACACAUAUCCUCCAGAAAUAGUGGUGCCUAGAGCUGCUAAUAAGGCAGUGGUGAUUGGAAGUUCAAGGUUCAGAAGCAGAGGGCGGAUUCCGGUGCUUUCUUACUUGUAUAAAGAAAACAAUGCUGCCAUAUGUCGUUGUAGCCAACCUCUCUCUGGGUUCAGUGCACGCUGUCUGGAGGAUGAACAAAUGCUGCAGGCGAUCAGAGAAGCCAACCCUGGGAGCCCCUUCAUGUGGCUUUAUUUCAUCUGUGCAUGUAUGUCUGUGAAAAGCUUUGGAAUUCUCUUACUAUUUCUAUACCACCAUUUAAAUGCCAUGGCAAACCGAGCUGCUGGGAAGGGUUAUGAGAAUGAAGAUAAUUAUGAUAAUAUUCGCUUUAAAUUUAUUGGUAUAGAAAACAUCCAUGUGAUGCGUAACAGCUUGCAGAAACUCCUGGAAGUGUGUGAAAUGAAGUCCCCCUCAAUGAGCGAUUUCCUCACUGGGCUGGAGAAUUCAGGUUGGUUACGGCACAUUAAGGCGGUGAUGGAUGCAGGUGUCUUUCUUGCGAAGGCUGUGAAAGAUGAAAAAGCUAGCGUGUUAGUCCACUGCUCUGAUGGGUGGGAUCGCACAGCCCAGGUCUGCUCACUGGCUAGCCUCCUCUUGGAUCCAUUUUAUAGGACUUGUAAAGGCUUCAUGGUUCUAAUAGAAAAGGAGUGGAUUGCAAUGGGCCACAAGUUCUCACACAGGUGUGGCCAUUUGGAUGGUGACCCCAAAGAAGUGUCCCCUGUCUUCACUCAGUUCAUUGAAUGUGUCUGGCAGCUCAUGCAGCAGUUCCCCUGCACAUUUGAGUUUAAUGAGCGUUUUCUUCUUGAAAUCCAUGACCAUGUCUACUCCUGCCAGUUUGGCAAUUUCCUUGGGACCUGUCAUAAGGAGCGUGAGGAUCUGAAAAUCUUUGAGAAGACCCAUUCUCUGUGGCCUUUCCUCUUGCAGAAGAAGCAGGAAUUAAGAAAUCCUUUGUACAGAGGAUUUACAGCUUACAAAGAGCUUCAACCAAACACACUACCUUUCAGUUUCCAGUUUUGGUGUGGGAUGUAUAAUCGCUUUGACAAAGGAAUGCAUCCAAAACAGUGUGUACUAGAUCAUCUGCUAAGAUGCAUGAGCCAAAAGAUGAAACUGGAGGACAGUGCAUCUGAACUGGAAAAUAAAUUUCCAUUCCUUGAUGGUCCUUUGCCCAGUGAAGCUUGCUCCUUACCUAAAAUAGGAUGUGCUGCUUCAAAAACACCGAUGCUCAACACUCCUCAGGAUUAUGAAGGGGAACCACCUCCUGUGUUGAGCAAUGGUGCCUCAGCAGGGGAUAUAGAUGUUAUGUCAGAUGUGGACCAAAAGCACAAAGAGAACCUGUCUCAUCACCAGGACCUCCAUGACCUUAAUGCCACCACUGACGUGUUGAACUCCCAAGCUAAGGAUGGAAAGCUGCAGCACCAUUGAUCACCUGAGGACUGUGUUCAAUAACCGGGCACUUGUGGUGGUGAGGCAUGAGGGAGCUGUGCCCCUGCGAGGGUGUAGACCCCCUAACUAUUUACAGCUACUUGUGAGUACCUAUGUUUGCAGGGAGCUGUGCUCGCUGUAGAGAAGACAGUCUGCAUUUGGCUUGGUCGCAUUGUUUUGUAGCUAAAAUGAAGAUGCGUACGAGCUGCCCAGAAAGCUACCCUGAGUUAGUGUAAACCUUAUUUUUCAGUGGAAACACGAUGUGUGUUUAAGGUUUAUGACUGCCUGCCAGGACUGGUAUUUCAGGCUGAAAGAAAUCUUGGCCAAUUAACUGGGGCUUAGGAGUUAUGCAGUGUUUAUAACUGGAGUAUGCAAUCCAUUUAUUCUCAGUGGUGGUGCAAGGUCAUCUUAAAAUGAUAAAAAAACCAAACCCCUUUUCUUAGCUGUGAAUGAAUCUCUGCAUGGACCCUCACCUUGUGGCAGAACUGAUUCAGUUUUUGUUUCCUAUGCAUAUUUGUUAAACAAAAACCCCCCUGUGCCUUUUUAUGGAGACCAUUUUAAUGUUUAGCCAUGCAAUGUACUACUUUUAUUAUUGUAGUGUAGUGUUGUAUUUGGUCACCUUUAGUCAGUAUUUUUAAACAAGUUUUUUUAUCUUACGCCAGCUUCUUUGGGAUCUCUGCCAAUCCCCUGAGUUUAGUAGCUUCUUUCUAAGACGACCUUUCAAAGGAUAAGCUUUUAUGGACCUUAUUUACUGAUUGUGAGAGUACAGCAAGCCACAGAGACAGGCUGUGACACGUGAUUUUUUGGCAGAGGGAGGACUAGAAAUGAGAAAAGAUAGGAGAAAAUUUAUAUGGAAAUUUUCUGUCUUGUUUUAUGAUCUUGGUUAAAUUGAAGCAAGAGAGCAACUCUUUGUUCUAAGCUGGAAUCAGUGUGCUUUCCUUGCAUCCAUCAGUGAGGCAGUAAUUACAGAUGAGGUGUGUUCUAUUAUGGAAAUGGGGCCUAAAAUGAUUACUUCACAUCACAUGCUGAGUGAUUCUAGUGAAUGUUAUCUUGGAUGUUAAAAUUACAUGAACUUUAAAGAUGCUUUGUUUGUACUGUCAAGACAUGGUGAGAUGAACAAUAUCUCUCAUGGCAGUGAACUUUUUAAUUUUUUGAAGCUGAUGACAAAACGUAAAUUGGGAUGUGACACCUUAAUGGAACAAGGAGUAGACAUCUGGGCUCAGGGCUGCGGCUGUAGCUUGGACUCACUCUAGUGCUUGUUAACACUACUUGGUUUCUUUAAGCUGCAGUAAGCUCAGCUGCAGAUACUAGUUCAAAGUUGCAGGUUUAAAACAGAGAUGUAUACUCUAUUUAUACAGAAGAAACAAGGGGUUGUCUCCCCAGGGAAGUGGAUGGCCCAGGAAAGCUGUUCCACAGUACUUCUAUAGAUGUGCUUAAUUGCACAGGGUCCCGUUAUGCGGUUUCAUUCAAGAUGCUUUUCUGCUUGCUUUUGGAUCCUGUUGUUCAAAUUAGAUGCUGCCAUUAGGUCUUAAAAUCAGUUUCCCUUUUUUAUAAAAUCUUGAAAAAAAUUGAAAAUAUUUUCCAAGUUAGCCAUCCCAAUCUACAAUAAAAAGUAGAAACAUUCCAUUAUAGAGUCAUAAAAUGCAAUAGCUGUUGUUCAUAUGCUUAUGGUGAAAUGACUACGUUAGUUUCAGUGUUGAAGAUAGAAAAGAAAAAAACCCCUACAACCAAUAAAAAC